AUGGAAUACGCUAACGGUGGCGAGCUUUUUGACUACAUCGUUGCCAAUACCAGAAUCAAAGAAAAUGAAGCCUGCAGAUUUUUUCAACAAAUAAUUGCAGGGAUUGAGUACAUUCACAAGCUGAAUGUUGUACAUAGAGAUUUAAAGCCUGAAAACUUAUUACUUGAUCAUAAUAAAAAUAUCAAAAUCGUAGAUUUUGGUCUUAGUAAUACUUAUAAACCUGGAGAGCUGCUGAAAACAGCAUGCGGAAGUCCAUGCUAUGCAGCCCCUGAAAUGAUACAAGGAAAAAAAUAUGUGGGUUCCAGGGUGGAUAUUUGGAGCUCUGGAGUUAUUUUAUUUGCUAUGAUAUGUGGAUAUUUACCAUUUGAAGACCCUAAUACAGGGCAAUUAUAUAAAAAAAUCAUUGCUGGAGAGUAUCAGUGUCCAAAGUUCAUUUCGACAGAAGCAAAAGAUUUCUUGAAAUGCAUAUUGAACACUGACCCAGACAAAAGGUUCACAAUAGAACAAAUUAGACAGCAUCCAUGGUAUAAUCAGGUAAAGCAAGAUACAAGUCCAGGGAUUCUUGUUGGAUAUGACUAUAUAAAUGUGGAUACAAAUAUUUUAAAAAAGCUUGAGGAGUAUAAAAUUGAUACUCAAUACGCACAAAAGUGCAUAGAGGCAAAUAAGCAUAACCAUAUCACUACAGCGUAACCAUUAUGCAGGUAUUAUUUACUGCUGAAAAAGCAUUUACAAAAUGGGGGAACUUCAAUUGCAGAUUAUAGCUAUUUAUCAGAAGGUGACUUAACCCAUAUCAUUCCUCAGCCCCCAAAUAAACUAAGCCAAAGUUUUAAUCAGACUAUAGCAAAUGCACCUCACCCUCCUUUAUUUAAGCUAAAAAACGAGCAGCUGAUCACCCCCCUUAAUCCACGGCAUCGAAGACUAGUCAACACUACAGUUUCAUAUCGAGCAGGAAGUACUGGUGGCUCUGCGUCAAGAGAAAUUGACUCACUAAAGCUUGAAAAUACUAUAAGCAUGACUCAAAACUACCAUAUCCGAGGCAUCUCUCAUCAAAUCAACGCUCAUAAAUUUUCCCCAAAAGUUGGGCCACACUCAGUAUCUCCUCACUCAAAAAAUGCAAAUCCACGUCAAAAGCAUCUAAAAUAUCGACUAACUGGCAGAGAAAUAGUUGCUACAGUUGCCACUCCUAGACCUCCUAGCAGGACAACUCCUAAGAUCCCAAGCUCGAAAGGUCGAGUGAAAACUCCAGGCCUGAAUGACAGCAUUGAUUUUGAAGCAAAUAAGACCUUAAAUAACACCUUUAGACUAAGUCCAAGAGCACCCACCACAGCUGAUGGGAGCCAUGGACAUCGGGGCAGAACCAGCAGAGAAAAAGCUUAA